GUUGCCUCCUCGCAUCAUCACUCCGGCAGAGAGGCAUUUUCUAAAGUCAUCCGCAGCUGGGCCUCCAAGAAGUUUAUGAGCGGAUGUGUCAUUCUUCUUCCGAUAGCCAUUACAUUCUACAUCACUUGGGGUUUCGUUCAUUUUGUGGAUGGUUUCUUCUCCCCGAUCUAUAAUCAUCUAGGGAUCAAUAUUUUUGGUCUUGGAUUCGUGACCUCCAUCACUUUCAUAUUCUUAAUUGGUAUUUUCAUGUCAUCGUGGUUGGGUGCUUCUGUUCUUACUCUUGGGGAAUGGUUCAUUAAGAAAAUGCCACUCGUAAGCUACAUCUAUGCUGCCUCUAAGCAAAUAAGUGCUGCAAUAUCGCCUGAUCAGACCUCUAAUGCCUUUAAGGAAGUAGCUAUCAUAAGGCACCCUCGUGUUGGAGAAUAUGCGUUUGGAUUCAUCACGUCUACAGUUGUUCUUCAGAGAAGCAUGGGCGAUGAAGAACUCUGCUGUGUUUAUGUGCCCACCAACCACCUUUAUCUAGGAGAUAUUUUUCUCAUUAAUUCCAAUGACAUAAUUAGGCCCAGUCUGUCAGUUCGAGAAGGAAUUGAAAUUGUCAUCUCCGGAGGCAUGUCAGUACCUCAAAUACUGAGUACAGCUGAUGCCCGGCCCAGUCCAGCAGCAAGGAUUGGCGACUAUGGACCAGUGAAAGUAUAACAAUGGACUAUGAAUGAAUUAUGAUUCUGUCCUUAGACUAAUUGAUGAGAGCUGGAACACAACAGCGCUAGCCAAACAAGUUUUUUCCGAGAAAGUGUUGAGGCUUGAAAGUUGCUAGACACUUGUUCAGAGAAUGUGAUGGCAGUUCAUGCACUGAGGUGACCAGUGGAGAAAUCCCAAGUGAAGUGAAGAAUCAAGAACCUCUAGAAUGACACAUGUACAGGCACAACUAUGGCCGUUCUUUUUUCUAUUUGUUUAUGGUGGGAAUUAUCUCAGUUUAAAGCGUCCCCUUCUGUCUUCUUUAUGAAAGAGAGUGUAUUUCUCCAAGCAGCUUAUUUGUGGUAUUUAAUGCAAAGAUUGGGUGAACGGCCCAUGUCAAUGUAUUUUUAUAAUUAUAAGCACC